AUGGUGAGGGGAACUUCUCUUUCUUUAAUAAUAAUCAUUGCUUUAAGGAUAACAUUUGAAGCCGUUUUCAAAUUAUAGCCAAAUUACCCUAUAAAUAUAUUUGAAAUAAAACCAAAUCCAAUAGAAAUAUAUAAUACAUACUUUGGUAUCUGGUUUCAAUAUCUUCCAUUAAGUAAUACAACUCAAAUUGGAAAUAUUGGAAUUCUAGAUAGUAAUUGUUUUCAUCUUCUACAUACAAAAGAAUAGAAAACAGAAAGGAUAAACUUUUUAUUAUAUUUGUGUCUUGAUUACGAGAUAAAAACAGUAUUUACAUACUUAUAAUUUAUUGACAACACCGGCUUGGAUCAUUUUCAUAAAAUACAAAUUAAUGAAGAAUUUCUUGAAUCAAGAUGGCAAUAUAUUGGAUUUUGUGCGAUUCCUGCUUAAAGUAGAUUCAAUAUUUUUUACUAAUUCUCAGGAGAACUUACAAAAUAAUUUGAAGUAUUGGUUAAGUUCCCAUUUUAUGAUGUCUAUUUGAAUUUAAUUUAUGGAGGAGGUUUAAUAGUAAAUGAUAACCAAAAGCUUUAAACAUAAAUCAACAAAAAAUUAUCAUAUUUUCCAGGAUUAAUUUUGAGGGAUGAGUAUAAAUGUGAAAUUUCUGUUUGUAAAUUAUCAUAUACUAAGAUGCCGGGUUAUGAAAUUAAUGGUUGUUAUUGUUCUUAAAAUAAAAAUUCUACUAUAAUUGACUCAAUAAUUGAUAAGCAAUAAGAAUUUUAUUAUCUCUCUGAAUACAAUAAUUGUUAAGAAUUUCUUCUAUCAGGUUGGAUUAAAAUUGUUGAAACUAAAAUUUUUGAAGAUGAAUAUUAUUAUCAAUUAAUUAAACUCUCUGGAAAUUUUAUUAAUCCAUAAUUAAUAGAUGAUAAUUUGUCAGCUUUUACAUUAACUUAUAAGAUAGCUACUAAUGGUAAUUAGAUUAUUGUCACUACUUAUAGUUAUGUCUUUCCCUUAAUAAAUAUUGAUUUUUCAAAAAAUCCUAAUUUAAUUAAAAAUAUUUUUGAUAUAGGUAGUGAUAUAAAAAGUUGGCAUUAUUUGUUAGUUUGGAAAUAAGAGGCGAUAAUUUAUAUUUCAAUAACAUUUUAUGAACAAUUUAACAUAGAAAAACUUGAGUUCAACUAAGAGGUGAAAUAAUUUGGUUCUGUCAAAUUUUAAUUGCACAUAGGAAAUAAAUUGUAAGUCUCCCAACAAUAUUUAACAAUUAAAAUAUAAGGCUUUAAAUUUUAUAAUUGCCCAAAAACCAUCAAUCAAAUAAAAAAUUGUCAUCCUACUUGCAAGGAAUGUGAUGGUCCAACGAAAUAUGAUUGUUUAUCUUGUUUGGAAUCUUCAAAUAGAAUUUAUGUUCCAGAUUCUAAGUAAUGUAUCUGCAAAUAUGGAACAAUGGAUCAAGAUAAUUUUUGUAUUAGUCAUGAAAGUCUCAAUAUAAUUAUACUUCCUGAUGAAAGUAAAAAUAAUAAAUGUAAAUAUGGCUAUUAUGAAUAAGAUAGUGCUUGUUAAAGAUGGUAUUAUUUCUUUGUAUUAUUCAAUUAGUCCCUCUACCAUAACUGAUAAUGUCAUCACAUGUCUUGAAUGCCUAUAUAAUAUGAAUGAUUGGAUAAAUAAAUUCUGUUGUUUAACUUCAUUAUAUACAGAUAAUGAAGGAAAUAUAUAUCAAAAAAAGGAAGAGAUGGUAUGUUAUAAUUCUCCUCCACCUGAUGAAUCAUAAUUAGAUAUUUGUCUUGUUGGUUGUGAUAUUCAAGAAACAAAUGUAUCUCCAAAUCCAUCAACUGGCCUAACUAUUCUUCAUUUAUAUUGUAGUGCUCCAAACUUUAUCAAUUUCGAAUAGAAAUGUACUCCUUGCCCAAUAAAAUAUUGUUAAUAUUGCUUUAGUUAUUUUGCAAAUGAUUAAGCAAAAACAACUCUUGAUUAGAAUUUUAAUUACUUGAUUUUUGAAGAAGACAUUAGAACAGGAUGUGCUUAGUGUUAAAAUGGUUUCAUUUAUAACUUUGAACUAGAAUUAUGCAUUUUCAAGAGUCCUUCUAAUCCAAAUUGUGCCAGAUCUUAUCUUUAAUAAGAUGGACAAGAAAUUUGCACUCUAUCAAAAUUAGAUGAUUUUAGCAUUGCUCCAACAAUAAUAAAUUGUUAACAACGCAUUUUAAAUUGCAAGCAAUGCUUCUAAACUCCAGAAUUGAUAUUAAAAUGCUAGGUUUGUGAAGAUGGUUACACAGCAUAAUCAGGUUCAGGGAUUUGCUCUUAAUGUAACAAUUAAAAUUCUAAAAUUUGCCUUGAAUUGAACUCCAAAGUGUAAGAACCUUGGAAAUGGUUUAUUCAAGAUUUCAGGAUUAAAUUUUAGAAUCUUACAAUUUUUGAUAAAACUUAUGUAGAAAGAACUGCUAUUUUUGUGAUGGAAUGUAAAGAUGGAUAUCAAGUAAUUGAUACAAAUUGCUACAAAUAUUGUGAUGAUAAUUGUUAAAUAUGCAAGAAAAAUUUUGAAGAUUGGAAUUUUUUUUCCUGUUAAAAAUGUGAUUCAAACUACUACUAAAUACCUAAUCGAGUUCAAAUUGAUGGUAAGUGUAUUUAAUGUCCUCCUUUAUGUUAAAUUUGCGAAUUAAGAUCAAUCGAAGAAAUAAAGGUAAUAAAUCAUUUAUUAAAUAGUAAAUUAAUCCAUAUUUUAUUUUAACUCCUGAAAACACUAUUUUCUCCUAUAAGUGCUUAAAAAAAAUUCCUUUACCAAGAGCUACAAUCGAUUAAUAUUCAUAAUUCGCUUACUAUUGUUUUAAUGAUAACUGCAACUAACUCUUUGAGUACUAGGUACUUUAUAAUUAGAAUUUAGGUUAAUCAAUCUUGUUAGUCUUAUUCUUUAGUAGAUUUCAACGAUAUAUAGCAUUAUUCAUAUUUUAAUAAUAUUGGUUUGAAAGAGAUUACUUUAAUCUUUCAUUUUCAUCUUUUUUGCCCUAUAAUGUAAAAAGAAAAUUUUGUAAUUUCGAAUUAUUUUAAAGAAAAAGUGUUUUCGAUUUAAUAAGUAAAAUUGAGAAUUGAGGGAGAGUUUAAACCCAUUAUUUUUGAUACAUAAUUCAAGAUUUAAAAUUUUGAUUCAAUUAGUAUUAAAAAUGUAAAGUUUCUUCUUGAAAAAUAAUUUGAAUUGAUAAUUAGUAACAGAGCUUAAUCUUUUGAUUUUAUGAUUACAAACACUAGUUUUUAUUCUAAUCAAUCAACACCCAUAAUAUUAUAAAUCUAUGGAGGGAGCAUUUAAAAUUUUUAGUUAUCCAAUAUUGAUAUUUUUGAUAUCAACUUCAAAAAUUCGAUAAUUAUUUAAAUUAAAAGUGAGGAUUUAGGAGAUAGUAUUAAGAUAAAUAAUUUGCAAAUUUCAAAUUGCAAAUUAAACAGUACAACUUUGUUGUUUUUCUCAAAUUUGAAUAGGGAAAUUAUAAUUGAUAAUCUAGUGAUUAACUCUUGUAUAUUUAAUGCAUCAUCUGUUAUUCAAUCAAAUAUUAGCUUCAGUAAUUUUGCAAAAAUUAUUAUCAAUAAUGUCAAUAUUCAGAAUUCUUCUUUUACAGCGUCAAGUUUUAUUUAUAGUAAUGGAAAUUCUGAUGUAAAAAUAACAAAACUUUUACUUUUUCACUGUUAAAUUAUGGCUUCAAGAUUUAUUUCUUUUAGUAAGAAUUUUUUAUUUAGUGAUAUAUUAUUGGAAGAUAAUCUGAUUUAAGAAACUUAAUUUUUAAUUUAAUUAUCAUCAAAUGAUAAAAAUUCUGAAAUAGGAAUUCAAAAUUUUAUAGUUUUAAAGAAUAAAAUUUUUAGUUCUGCUCUUAUCGUUACUGAAUAAAGUUUUGAGUAAAAUUAAGUUUAUUUCAAAUUUAACAAUUUUAGAUUUGAAGAUAACAUUCCAAUUUCUCAAGAAAAUUACUAAUAUCUUUUUUAAAUUAACUGUCAUAAUUUAUUAAUAAAAGAUUUCAUCUUAAAAAGUACUUUUAAUUUUAAGUUUUUUUCUUUAUUCUCCACUCCUUAUCUGAGAUUUGAAAAUAUCAUUUAUGAAAAUUAGUAUUAGAAAGAAAAAGUUGCAUUUAAAUUUGAUUGCUACCAAAGUAGUGCAAUAAAAUCAUAGUUAUUGUCUGUUUAAGGGUUUUAGAGAAUUAGUUUGGAAUAAAUAAAAAUAAUUAAUUAAUUCAGCACAGACCUCUCAAUUAUUUCUAUACAAUCUAAUUCUAAGAUUAUUUUGAAUAAAAUUGAAUAUAUAAGUAUUAGUAAUGUUUCAUUUAUUGGAAAUAUUCUUAUAAAAUACAGUUAAACUAUGUAUUUUUCCUUGAUUGAUAUUUAUUCUGAAAUUACUCAAAUUGUGACCCUAGAGAAUAUUGUCUAUUAAGAGAAUAUUUUUCACUAAUACUAAAUUGAUCCAUCUCAAAAUUCUGCUAGUCUAAUGUAGAUUAAUGCAGGUUAAAGUAAAAUAUCACUUAAAAAUAUCAGUUGUUCUCACAAUGUCUUAACCAAUUCUUCAAAUUCAUUUAUAUCGAUUUCUACAUUUGAACUUUAUAUAUAAGACUUUUAAACAGUAAAUCAUAAUUAUUUAAAUUCAGAAUUAUGGAAUCAAUAUUAUUUACUGUAAAUUUAGAAAGAAUUCAACUAGAUUCAAAUUAUUUCUAUAAUCUAGAAUACAUUUAAAAUAGAAUCAAUUAGUGGAGCUCUAUCAAUUUAAGCAUCAAAAUUGAGUUUUAUUAAUGGGUUCUUUAGUAAUAUUAUUGCAUCAAGUAGUUUAAUUUUCAAUAUUAAUCUAUAAGGUGAUGGAAUUGUGAUUAUAAAAAAUUGUGUUAUUGAAAAUGCUUAAAGUUAAUUAAUCAAUACAUCUCAAGCUGAUGGAGCAAUAACAAUUAAUGCUCAAAAAAGCUUAUUAUCAGUUGAAAUUGAAAAUUUAAACUUAAGAUACAUAUAAAAUAGAAUAUCAUCGUCAAUCUUUUCAAUCUAUCCAUCAUCUAUAAAGAAUAACAUUUAAUUAAAAAAUAUAUAUGCUUAUAAUUGCUUUUCACUUUCGAAUCAAUUAAUAUCUAUUGAAUUUAAUUUUAAUAAUCCUCAAAAAAGCCAAGUGUCAAUAUAAAAUUUACAUCUAAUUUAAUCUGAAAAAAAAUUUAUAAAUUAUUUAUAAUCUUUAGGAGGAGUUACCCUUGUAGAAAUCUAAAAUAUUUUAGAAAAUAAUGCAAUAAUACAUUUAACUGGUGGAUUUUUUUCACUUAAAGGAAUUGUGAUAGAAGGAUUAAUAUUAUCUUCUAUUAUUAAAAUAGUUGAUUAUAAAUAAAUCACAAUUUCAGAUUCCUAGUUUUUCAAUAUAUAAACAUUUUAUUCAUUGCAUUUAUUAGAAUUUUCUUAAAUUAAUGUGCGAUAAUCAAUUCUGAUAAUGAACAACAUUACAAUAAGAAAUGUAAAUACAUUUUAGGUCAAUAAAUACCAACUAAAUUACUAUAGAAAUAAUCUAAAUAUUACAUAUACCAAUUAAUGUACCUUAAUAAUUGAUUUUGUAAAAAUUCCAACUGAAGGAUUAGAAUCAAUCAAUAUAUUUUUUGAGCAGAUGUAAUUGAAUUCUUAGCAAAAGGGCUCCUUGAUUUAUUUUAGCAGCUUUAAAAAUUAAACUCAAAUGUUGAUAAGAAGAUUUUUAAUUGAAAAUAAUGAUUGUUAAAAUUGUUGGAAUGGUUUAAUGUUUUUUAAUUUGACAGAAAUAAAAUUUAUUAAAAUUAAUGAAAUUGCAUGUAUAAGAAACCUCAUUAAAAAACAUGGGUGUAUAUUAGCAAUUUCAGAUAAUAACUUAGAUAGAUAAAUUAAAAUGUAAAAUUUAAACUUUAUGUUAAAUAAUGGAACUAAAGGAACAGGAGUAUAGGUGUAAAAUUUAAGAAUUUCUAUUCUAAAUUCUAGAAUAAUUAAUAAUUUUGCAUUUGAAAAAGGAGGAGGAAUAUAUUUUAAUGUAAACUCAAAUAGAUUUUUACUAAAUUAAACAUUAAUUUGCUAGAAUUUAGCCCAAGAAGGAGGUGGUAUAUUUUUGUAGGGGAAUAGCAGUUUAAAUCAAAUAAAUUUCUUUAAAUCACUUAAUUUAUAUAAUUUUGCUACUAUUUCCUCAAAUAAUAUCAAUGAAUUACCUUCACAUUUAGGCUUAUAGAUUAAUUAGAAAGAAAUGCAUUCUAUGGAAUAUGUAAUUGAUAAUUAAUCAAUUUAUAUUCUAGCACUAAAACCAUACAAUUUCUUAUCUUAGAAUCAUAUUAAAAGAACAAAUUACCUAAUUCUACCAAGUGGUUAAAAAGUAUCUAAUUUUAAACUAUUUAAUCCUUAAAUUAAAGAAUACAUUACUUUCAUAACAGAUAUUUCUAUAAUAUUUAAAAAUAGUAUGAAUGAAAUAUAAUAAAACUUUCUUAAUUCAAUAUGCAAUGUCACUUAAAAUGUACUCGAUAUUUAAUCACAGUAAAUAUUAAAAACUAAUCAAUUUCAAAGUAUAUCCUUUAGUGCUGAAACAAAUAGUUUUAGUUUAGAUCAAAUAGAAUUCAAUUUUGACCCCUAUUCAUAGAAUGAUAAAAUAUAUGAAAUAAUGAUUGGUUGCAAAACAGAAUACCUAGAAAAAAUCUUCUUUUAUAAAAUGAGGGUCAACAUUUUCUUAUGUUAAUUAGGAGAAUUUUAUAUAUAGGAUAUUUGUUUAAAAUGUUAAUCAGAUUAGGGAUUUUAUUCUGUGACUUAUAAUGCUACAAAAUGUUCCAUAUUUGAUAAAAAUAAGUUUGAAGCCAUUACAUCAAAUUAAAUUAAACUCAAAUCUGGUUACUGGAGACCUAAAUAUAUUUCUGACAAUAUUGAACUCUGCUAUAAAAACACUAAUUAAUGUUUGGGUGGUUGGUCUGUAGGUGAUGAUACUUGCAAUAUAGGAUAUAUUGGAGGCUUGUGUGAGGAGUGUGAUAAAUUUAAUAUUAAAGGAGAUGGGCAAUUCUUUAAAAACUAAUAGUAAUAGGAUUGUUCAUAAUGCUAAGAGUUUGCAAAAAGGUUAUUAGCUUUCUUUUUGAUAGCAAUUUGGUAUGAUAAAUUAAUAUUUUAGGGCUAUGUUCUCAACCUUGUUAACGAUAAAAAGCGUUGAAAAAUCAAACCUUUUAUUUACAUAGUUGAAAUUAGGAUAAAAAUUUGCAGACAUAUUAUUUAACUUAGGCUAAGGUAUAUAAUACAUUUAUUUAGAUCAUGUAAGUAUUUUACUUAAAUUAUAUUUAAAUUAUUUAUGGAUAUUUUCGCUCAUCUUAACAUUUAACAUUAAUUUUUCAUUCUCAUUAAGUAUUAUUAAAUAAUCAACUGACACCUCAUUUUUUAUGGCUAAUUUUUUUGAUUGCUUUAUAUCUGAAUUAGAAGGAAUCGAACUAAUUUAUAGUAAAAUUAUAGUGACCAUAUGUUUGCUAUUAUGUCAAAUAAUAAUAGUCCAAUCAGCAUCUUCACUAUUACAAUUUUUAACAUCCUAUAAACAUAGAGGCAGAAUUAUCUCCAUUACUGUUCUUAAUUUAUAUAUUUAAAAUUACGCAUCUUUGAUUACCUCGUAAAUUUAUUAUUUAGAAUUAGAUUCUUUUCUAUUUUAGCCGUUAGGAACAUUUCUUAAGUUAGCUAUAUAUAAGGUGACGUAUCAUUAAUGUAUGGAACAAAUAAUCACUAUUAAUGGAUAUUUACAUUUAUAUUGCCUGGAUUGUCAUUAAUAGGAUUUAUAUUACCAUUUUCAUUAUUUAUUUUCCUUUAAUCCAAGAAGCAUUAGCUUAACAAUUUUAAAUAUAAAAGGCAUUUUGGCCAUUUAUAUAAUGAAUAUACAUAAAAUAACUAUUUUUGGGAAUGGAUAAGAUUUUGGAAGAAAAUAAUUAUUAUCAUAGUUCUCAUUAAUUUUGAUACUCAAAUAUUAUUGAAAGCUUCAUUAUUCGGAUUUUGCUUAUAGGUUUAUUAAUUUUUUACUGAAAAAUAUAAACCUUAUCUCCUCAAUAGAUUUAAUUCACUAGAUCUAAAAACUAGUUAGCUUUGUUCUUGUGCAAUAUUUUUAGCAGCUAUAAAAUACACAUGUGAUUAGUCAUAUAAUUAUUAAAUUUCAGCCAUCCUUCAAACAAUCAUACUAUUGAUUAGUUUAAUUUUGAGUUAUCCUUUUGUUAGUGUUAUUUUAUAUGCAUAUUAUAAAAGAUUUGAGCCAGAUAUUUUAAAAUUCUUAAUUGCAAUUCUACAUUCCUAUAAAAGAAAUUCUAAAAGUAUAAAAUAUUUAAGAAAUCAUCUCAUAUAAUUAGGGUAAAAAGAGAACAAUCUUAAAUAAAAUUUUAUGAAAUUAAGAUCAGUAGUUAAACAGCAAAUAUAAUAGGAAUAGAAAAAGUAAAUUGUAUAUUUUAUAUCAGGACAAUAAAAAUUAUUAGUAAUAAAUAAAAAAACACUAAUGAACUUGAUUUUUAAUCAAAAUUAGGAAGAAAAAUUUGA